AUGGCGUACCAAGUUCCACAGUUCGACGACGCCAAGGACAAGUGGUCGUCAUACUAUAUCUGCGUCGAGUCGUACUUUGAGGGUAACGACAUCGUCAACGACGCUAAAGAAAGGGCGCUUCUCAUCUCGGCCCUGGGUUCGAAGCUUAUCGACGUACUUAGUGGGCGUUGUGCCCCGCGGAAGGCGUACUUGGACGACGUUCUGGUUGCCGAGAAGGGGAAUGACGGCGGAAAGAACCUCAAGGCAGUUCUCCAGCGCUUUCGGGAGUACGGCGUCAAGGUAAGGAAGGACAAGUGCACCUUCAGGAUGCCUGAGGUUUCGUACCUUGGCUACAAGAUCAGUACAGGAGGGCUGCAACCUCUGGAGAAGAACAUGGGCGCUAUCAUGAAGGCGCCAACACCCAACAACGUGACUGAACUGCGUUCCUACUUGGGUCUUCUCACACUCGUGGUUCCCGAGGCUGCUCGUGGUGACAUGCUGCAAUUCCUGCACGUGACGUACCAGGGAAUGCAGAUCAAGGAAGCAAGCUGA